UCCCUUGCAAGGAAACGUUCAAAAUGGAUUGCCUACCUCAUUCAGAAGAUGUGAUUUUAUUUUUCUUUCCUUUAUAAAUUCCUCCAUAUCUAGCUACAUUGCCUGCACUCUCGAUCAGCCUUCAGGCUCUAUUCGUCUUCCCGCUGAGCACAGCACUUGCCCAGGCAUGUCAACUUCUCCGAGCUCCCCUCCAUGGCUGUUUCUCUUCCUGUUUUUAUCAGCGCUCUUUCGUUCCUCUCAGGCUGAUGUUGGCUCUGCUGCCCACUACAGCCCCCCAUAUUUGCCCACCGCUUGCAGGGGAAGCGACCCCUCACAGUUUCCGUCGAGCAACCUGUUUGGGUCAGCCGGCGAGGGAAUAUGGGACAAUGGUGCGGCCUGCGGCAGGCAAUAUCUGGUGAGGUGCAUUAGUGCGCCGGUGCUAGGAACUUGCGUUCCAGGGAAGACGAUUCAGAUAAGGAUUGUGGAUCGAGCUCUCUCUUCGGUGUCUCGGCCUUCAAGGAAAGAUACUACCAUGGCCCUCUCCACCACCGCCUUCGCUGCAAUCGCCAACUCUUCUGCUAAGUUCGUUAACAUUGAAUUUCAACAGUAA